UGCAUUUCCCACUGCACCUGGCACACCAGACAUGCUCAAUAGACACCGGCUGCUGCUGUUGCUCUGAUUUUAUUCUUUUAUCAGUUAUGCAACCAAAUUCUAAGGAGCACUCAGUAUAUGUCAGAACCUGUACUAGGAACGUAGGGGUAUCAUAGUAUAAGACAUGUAUUUGGCCUCAAAGAGGUUUAAAUCUAUUUCAAGAGAGAAGAGAAACCAAUAAAAUAGUUCAUAAGCAUGUUAAUUUGUCAGGUUUUUAAAACCUGUCAAAAUGCUCUAAAAUCUCACUCUGCCACUGUGCCUCUUAAAUACGGCCUCCACUUGGCUGCAUCUUCCGGCCCAGUGUUUGGCUUGAUAAGCCAGUCAUCAAGAGACAUGGACUGGGCUUUGGGAAGCCUGCAUGGGCCUCCCUCCCUCACGCCAGCACAGCACCAGGCACAGCCGACGCCUCAGCCCCGAGUCUCCCACCCCCAGGUGCCAGGGCCUGAGCUCCGUCCGGCUUCUCCAGGCCUUGCUGACCAGAGGACCCUGCACUAAGGAGUGAGGACUUCAGCCCCACCCUGGCCCUGGGCAACAGGAAUUCUGCCAUGAGUCCAGCCUGCCCUAAAAGGCUCCCAAAAGGGGAAUACAGGAUGGGGGCGGGCCAGAGGCAAGAGGCAGCCAAAGGCAUUUGUCCAGGAGAGGUGGGAGUGACCACACCUAGGAGGAGUCAGGAACAGGGAAUUCAGACAGCCUAGAAGAUCAAAUUCCUCCAAGGUGAACUCUGAUACAAAGUUGGUGCAGCGAGGCCCGAGAAAGGAGAGACAGAGGGGAAGACCCUGCCGGGCCAACCGCCCUUUGGCCCACACUGCAGAGAGGCCAGCAGCACAGCAGUGCCCACACCUGCCUGCCCUGCCUGCCCUCCUUGGCUCUCGUGGUGCCUGACAGGAUUGCUGGGGAGAAAGGAGGCAAUGGAGCCAGACAGGACUCAGAUAAAUCUUGACCCCAGGUACACAGCAGAUCUUCUGGAGGUGCUGAAGACCAAUCACAGCAUCCCGUCUGCCUGCUUCUCUCACCCUCCCACGGCAGCCCAACUCUUGAGAGCAUUGGGCCCUGUGGAAAUUGCCCUCACGAGCAUCAUGACCUUGCUUGUCCUGGGUUCAAUUGUCAUCUUCCUGGAAGAUGCUGUCUACCUAUACAAGAACACCCGCUGCCCCAUCAAGAGGAGGACUCUGCUCUGGAGUAGCUCUGCACCUACGCAGGUAGUGUCUGUGUUCUGCUGCUUUGGUCUCUGGAUUCCUCGUUCCCUCAUGCUCGUGGAAAUGGCCAUAACCUCGUUUUAUGCUAUAUGUUUUUACCUGCUGAUGCUGGUCAUGGUGGAGGGCUUUGGUGGGAAGGAGGCAGUAGUGAGGACACUGAAGGACACCCCGAUGAUAAUCCACACAGGUCCCUGCUGCUGCUGUUGCCUCUGUUGCCCAAGGCUCAUGCUCACCAGGAGGAAGCUUCAGUUGCUGAUGUUAGGCCCAUUCCAGUAUGCCUUCUUCAAGAUAACGCUGGUCCUGGUGGGCUUGUUUCUCAUUCCUGAUGGCAUCUACGACCCAGCAGAUAUUUCUGAGAAGAGUGCAGCUCUGUGGAUUAACACUUUCCUUGGUGCGUCUACACUAUUCGCCCUCUGGACCCUGGGCAUCCUUUUCCGUCAAGCUAAGCUGCACCUGGGUGAGCAGAACAUAGGAGGCAAAUUUGCUCUAUUCCAGGUGCUCGUCGUCCUGACUGCCCUGCAGCCCUCCAUUUUCUCAAUCUUGGCCAAUGGCGGGCAGAUUGCUUGUUCACCUCCCUUUUCUUCUAAAAUCAGGUCUCAAGUAAUGAAUUGCCACCUCCUCAUACUGGAGACUUUCCUGAUGACUGUGCUGACACGAAUGUACUACCGAAGGGAAGACCACAAGGUUGGGUAUGAAACUUUCCCUUCUCCAGACCCGGACUUAAACAUCAAAGCCUAAGGUGAAUGGCUUGGACAAUGAAAGAGAUGCUGUACUUAUUAGAAGAGCAGCACAAGAUUCCUUUACUGUUCCUUUGACCUUGACCAAAUGAGGAAGGAUUCCCAUUAUCAGCACAAGCUGUCAGAUUACAUUUGACUAUAAAGAUGAAGGUGAACUAUACAAUAGGAUGAAAUUGUUUUGGAUCUUGCCCAGGGAAGGUGUUUUAAGUUUUGUAAUAAAUAAACAAGAUGAAGUCUGAAACUCUGUAA